CUGCACUCAUGUGGCGCUUUGGAAUACUUCUCUGUCUGCUAAUUGCUACUUCUUCAGAAGGCAAGGACAAAAAGGAAGUAUGUAGUCUACUGAUGAUGUGCGACAAAAUCGAUGAAGUCAAGUCGGAAGUGGCUUCUGUGCGUGAGGAACAAGAACACCAGAAACUGAUCUCGGAAAACCAGACACUCAUAUUGAAAAACCAAUCGGACAUUUUAAAACAACAAACGCAGAUCUUGGAGCUCCAGGCCCACAUACUGGAGAAAUUAACACAGCCUGAACUCCUAUCGUACCCCUUGAGCUGUGCCGAGGUCUCCAAGAAUACUAAACUCAAAAUCCGUGUUCCCGAGUACAGUGAAAAUCCCUUUGAGGUGGCCUGCGAUCAGCGGAGUCACGGCGGCGGCUGGACCAUAAUCCUACGAAGAAAUGAUGGAAGCCAGGACUUUUAUCUUGAAUGGGAGGUCUACAAACACGGAUUUGGACAGCUGGGCAACGAGUUUUUCCUGGGACUGGAUAAAAUUCACGCUAUUACCACAGCUGAGCCCCAGGAGUUGCUGGUUCUAUUGGAGGAUUAUGAAGGAACCAAACGAUACGAGAUGUACGAUGACUUCAAGGUGGGCCCCGAGAGUAACAACUACACCCUCGAAUCGGUGGGUUUUGCCUCUGGAGACGCCGGUGAUUCGCUCACCGAUCAGAUGGGAAUGAUGUUCAGUACCAAGGAUCGCAAUAACGAUGUUAGAACAGAUGGCGUUGAAUGUGCGAUAAAGUUUACUGGUGCCUGGUGGUACGAGAAAUGCCAUAAGAGCAACUUGUGUGGCAAAUACGGCGAUGAUGGCUAUGGAAGAGGAAUAAAUUGGUAUACUUUCAUGGGUCAUAAUUACUCACUGAAGAGAGCCGUGAUGAUGAUAAGACCAAAGACUUCGGCUCUUAACUGAACUUAAUCGAACUAACCACAAAUUGGGGUCAGACAUGAAUCAGUAAGGCUUAUAACUAUGAAGGAAUCAAUAUUGCAGGUCAACAAAUAAUAAAAUAAUUAUAUAAGUAAAUGUAAUGAUUGUGAAUAAAAAAUAAAGCACUGGUUACCACUGGUUAUUGUCAGAA